GGUAGGCCACAAUAAAUAGACAAAGAAGAGAGACACAGUUGUUAUCCUUGUUCUAGGGUUCUUAGCCACGCAAAUCCUCGCGCCGCUUCUCUCUCUUUUUUCUCUAUCGCAGAUCUCUAACUCACGCUCUCCCCUCGAAUUGAAUCCUUCUCUGAUUCUCAACGUGUUUUCUCUCUUCGGUUAACAAAGAAAUCUAUAGAUCCAGCAAAUCGUAUUGAUCAUCAUCGUCUGUUUGAAUCUGAUAAACGGAUAAUCGAAUUACCUGGAAAAAAAAUAAAUUCGAUUUUUCUUUUUUUUGUUUACUGGAUUUAGAUCUUUGAGAUUAAUAAUGAAUAUUACGAAGAGAUCGAAGAAAUCGAGGGUUUCAUGGCCAUCAGGUCCUAAGCUUUGUCAGGUUAAGGUGUUUCGAACAGAGGACUGUCCGGCAAAAGUUGCAUCACAGCCACAACGUCUUAACUACCCAAAGCAAUCACCUGGGAAACGCCAAGUCCCAGAUCUUCCACCUGGUUUUGAAGGGAAUCACUAUGCUGAUAAGCUCAGUGUCUCAACCAUUCCUCGGAUCAAAUGGAAACGACCUCGUAAGCAGUUCCUAGUCAGUGAUGCUUGGCUGAUGGGAGAUGGUGGAGAGAGCACUGAAAGGAGAACUGAAAACUUGAGGAUUUCUAAAGUGUUGGAAGCUAUCUAUCCUCAUCGCUCUACCAUCCCUUCUCGACCGUCUGUUUCACCGCUUGUUGAAGCCGAAAGCUUCGACGACAGCAAAACUCCCGCCAUUCGUCUCACUCCGAUCGAGGACGAGUCUGACUCUUCAGAGGAGUCAUCAAACACUUGUCUUGAAUCUGGCUUCACCGCAAGCAAGCAAGUUUCGUUGGAGACAAAACCUCUUCCCUGUUCGAUCCAAGAACUGGCUUCUGGUCUUGCACCACACUUGAGCCUGGCUGCUUCUGCGGCUCUUUCUGCACUGAUGAAAACCAAUGAACAGGGGAGUAUGAUCGAUCCUGAUCUACUUAUCAAACUCCUCCGCGACCCCGAAAUGAUCAAGAAUCUGAUCACUGACGACGCAUCAGGUAAAUCCUCUGAAACUAAAAAUCAGCACCUUGAGACUAAUAACGUCAACCAUACUAGGAUUGUUCCGCAACAACAUGUCACUGCCUUACCCAUGACAAAGCCAAAGCCAACCAUAGUACCUCAGAAACAGAGUGUUGCUCCUUCUCAGCCUAUUACUAACCAUGAGCAGAAACGAGCGUCUCCACCUAAGCCUGAGCAGAGACGAGUGUCUCCACCUAAGCCUGUAAACCAAAAGAUAUUUCCAUUAAAUCAGAUCAAUAGAAACCCGGUCAGUAGUAUACCAAUGUCUGUUCAACCAUCUCUCCCACCUCGUCUCCCGUCGAGUUCUCUACCAAUGGACAUUAACCACCAGAGACCUCCACAUGUUUUCUCAGAACCAAAGGUAACAAUGAAUCCUCAACCCCAACCUCAACACAAUUCUGCAUACCGCACUCCUGAAAUGAAAAUUGUUCAAGCACCGGUUGAUUUUGGAAGGGGUCCUCAAACUGGUUUCAACAAUUAUCCAAUGAACUUUAACCGGACUGAUGUCAAUGGUAGACCUAAACCGGUUGUGCAACCAAUGAAGAGUGAUGACUAUUUCAAGAACCUUAUAAGGCAACAUGGUACAGUGAAUCAUGAAACUAACCAAUACCAUUCACAAAAUGGAAAAUUCAGUGGACGCAUUGAUCAAAAUAAGGUACAGAAACAGUGUGUGUACAAUGGCACUCCUAGAGGUUGUCAGAUGGGUGAUAGUUGCGUCUAUGUGCAUGACCGACUGAGACCUAAUUUUGAGGCCGAGGCUCCAAUGGCUAAGAGGUUGAAGUUUGGAAGGUAUGAUAGAAAUGGUUUUUGAACAUAUAAAUUCCGACUCUUGAUUCAAUUCCAAAUCACAAAGUAGAAUUUGUCUUUAGCAAAACAAAACCUGAGUUGAAACAAUUUCAAAUUUGAUUAACUUUUGUGCAUCAAUUUUUUUCAUUAGUUGAACAAAAAUAAGUUUAGGUCACCCAAAGUGACCGGAACCAA